UUCUUCUCCACGUCACAUUAUAUGACAUUAUCACAUCUGCAUGGAUAUAAUUCAUCGUACCAGAUUUAUUGACGUCAAUAUAUGAAAAGCAAGAUGUGAAACGUGACAUACAUUGCAUUUCGGACAUUUGAAUGGUUUGUUUGUUUAUACGUCUAAAACGGAGCGUACCUCUUCAAGAUGUGAAGCUAAAUUUGUCGGCCAUUUUCAAGAAUUUCUGUGUAGGAUCACCAAUAUUGAAAUUAAUUUAUAAGCGAAAUUUUCCAGCAUGGAUCCACCAAAGAAUGGUAUAUACAUCAUACAGGGGGAGAUCUCCCUGGUGGUCACCGCAAUGCGCCGGUCAUCUCGCUGGUCAGCACACAAUCUUCAAGACGAGGAGGCAGACCCUUUACUUGGUGCCUUCUCACAACUAAAAGAUGUUUUAAAUAAUAUAACAGAUUUGGAUGAGAUCGAGCCCAAUGCGUUCCUCAGCCCAUUUUUGGACGUGAUUCGAUCCGAGGACACAACAGGUCCGAUCACUGGACUCGCCCUGACAUCUGUCAACAAACUCCUCUCCUAUGGCCUACUGGAAGCCACAACAGAUGCAACGCCUGCAGCUGUAGAAAACAUAGCAGACGCCGUCACUCACGCUCGGUUUGUAGGGACAGAUCCUGGCUCUGAUGAGGUUGUACUCAUGAAAAUAUUACAUGUACUGAGGACACUGUUACUUUCACCAGUCGGUGUCCUACUCACCAACGAAUCUGUUUGCGAGAUCAUGCAGUCCUGCUUCAGAAUCUGCUUUGAGAUGAGGCUUAGUGAGCUGCUGCGAAAGUCAGCUGAGCAUACCCUGAUGGACAUGGUCCAAUUGCUCUUCUCCCGCUUACCUCAGUUUAAAGAGGACCCCAAGUGGGUGGCUAGUAUGAAAAUGUUAAAGAUGAGGACAGGAGGAGUUGACUCUUCAAGGCAUGUAAGGAAGAAGAGAGCGCCCCGCCCCAGACAGAAGCGUACCUCUCCGAAACCCAGUCUACAGCCUGGGAGUCAAGACAAAGUGGAGGGCGGGGAAAAGACAAUCGAGGGGGUCAGCUAUGUAAACGCUCCCAAGGAGCGCCUUGCUACCACACCCGGUACCCCCGGGGAGGAGGGGAUCAUAGAUAUUUCCAAACAGUUCCGGAAUGCAUCAGAGCGAGAGAGACAGGAUAUGGAGAGUGAAAACGCUGAAGCUCUCCAGACAACAGAGGAGGAUAAGCCACCUCCAGGAGAGGAGAGCUCUGAACAAGGGGAAGAACAAACUGACAGCUCGGCACCUCAAGUUAUACUGUCUGUACCAGAGGAAGAAGAAAUGGCAUAUGACAGAAAGUGGAGUGAGCCCGAGCUGUUUAUUGAGGAGCAAGCAGACCAGCUGAGUCUAGUGUCGGAGGCGGGAGAUGACAGUGAAUCUGUACAGUCAGCUGCAGAUGUGUCAGACAGUGCUGCCCAGGACGAGUAUGUGAACCCUCGGGGUGUCCGAUUCACACCCCACCAGUCCAGGGAAGGUUCUGGGCCUCUAAUACCAUAUGGGCUGCCAUGUGUUCGGGAGCUGUUCCGUUUUCUAAUCUCGCUGACCAAUCCGAUUGACCGUCAUAACACAGACGUUAUGAUCCACAUGGGACUAAGUCUGCUGACCGUGGCUUUUGAGUCUGGAGCGGACCACAUCGGACAGUAUAACUCGCUCCUGUUCCUCGUCAAGGAUGAGAUGUGUCGACACCUCUUCCUGCUAUUACAGUCAGAGAGGUUGUCCCUGUUCUCCGCCUCCCUACGAGUAUGCUUCCUGGUGUUCGAGUCUAUCAGGAGCCACCUUAAGUUGCAGCUGGAGAUGUACCUGACAAAACUUACCGAUAUCAUUAUAUCAGAGUCUCCGAGGAUAUCAUACGAGAUUCGUGAGAUUGCGCUGGAGUCGAUUGUACAACUGUGGAGGAUCCCUGGCCUGGUAACAGAGCUCUACCUAAACUACGACUGUGAUCUCUACUGUUCCAACCUGUUUGAGGAUCUCACAAAACUUCUUUCCAAGAAUGCAUUCCCAGUGCAAGGUCUAUUCUCCACCCACCUGUUGUCACUGGAUGCUCUUCUGACCGUUGUGGACAGCAUCGAGCAGCACUGUCACAGUCGCAUACUGACCACUACAAAGAAGGUCACGGACACUGAGGUCAAGGUCACAGAGGAAACGAGUGAAGGUGAUAAGACAGAGGAGUCAACCCCCCUUGAUGGAACAGAGCAAAACAAACCGAAUGCACCCUGGCUUGGGCCCCCUACAUCGGGAUAUGCCAUGGGGCAGAGAAUUCUACAUUCAAAAGAUCAGACUCCAUCAGAUGCACCAAAACCUGUCAAGGUGAAGGACAUGGGGAGGCGGGGUCCACAGAUACGACCAAACAGGAUGAAAGCAUCGGUCAAGAUCCCUGGGACAGAAGAACUCUCUGCAGUCAAACACAAGAAGAAGCUUUAUUACACGGGCACAGAACAAUUCAACCAGAAGCCUUCCAAAGGUAUAUCUUUCCUCCAGGAGCAGAAUCUACUGAGCACCCCACUCGACCCAGGAGAGGUGAUCACAUUCCUUAAGGAAAACCCACGCUUAGACAAGGCCAUGAUUGGCGAGUACAUCGCCAAAAAGGCAAAUGCCAAAGUCUUGGAAGCCUUCGUCAAGGCAUUUAACUUUGAGGACCUGCGUGUAGAUGAAGCCCUGAGGAUGUACCUAGAAGCGUUUCGCCUGCCCGGCGAGGCCCCAGUCAUCUCCUACCUCAUCGAACACUUCUCCGACCAUUGGCAUAAAAGCAAUGCAGAACCGUUCGUCAACGUUGAUGCUGCUUUCACACUCACGUAUGCUGUGAUAAUGUUGAAUGUCGACCAACACAACCACAACGCUAAAAAACAGAACGUACCCAUGACUGUCGAGCAAUUCAAAAAGAACUUAAAAGACUGUAAUGGUGGAAUGGAAUUUGACCAGGACAUGUUGGAGGAGAUCUAUAACGCAAUCAAAAAUGACGAAAUUGUGAUGCCAUCAGAACACAUAGGUCUAGUUAAGGAGAAUUAUCUUUGGAAGGUACUUCUUCGUCGGGGUACAACGAAGGAUGGGAUGUUUGUUCAUGUGCCUUCGGGAGCCUUCGACCAUGACCUGUUCUCCCUCAUAUGGGGCCCCACUGUGGCAGCCCUGUCUUUCGUGUUUGACAAGAGUGGGGAUGAGACAAUUAUACAGAAAGCCAUCGCAGGAUUUAGGAAAUGUGCCAUGAUUUCCGCACACUACGGAAUGAGUGAUGUGUUUGAUAAUCUAGUCAUAUCUCUGUGCAAAUUCACAACGCUUCUCAGCUCAGUAGAGAGCCCGGAGAAUUUGCCAAUUGUGUUCGGGGGCAACCUCAAGGCCCAACUGGCUGCCAGGACAGUGUUUGGUCUGGCCCAUCGUCAUGGUGAUAUCCUACGCGAGGGUUGGAAAAACAUUAUGGACUGCAUGCUACAGUUGUACCGUGCCAAACUUUUACCCAAGGGUCUUAUAGAGGUUGAAGAUUUUGUGGACUCCUCAGGGAAAAUCAGUAUAAUCAAGGAAGAAGCUGCAACGAACCAAAGAGGACUCACUACAGGAACUAAUCAAGGUAGGGAGAAUAUAGGCUGUAAUACUGGGCAGGAAGAGGACUCACUACAGGAACUAAUCAAGGCUACGAUAUUCGCCUCCCAGGGUCCAGAGGCCCACCAUUCCAUGGGAACUGUGUUUGAUGAAGAUGCAUCCGUCUUUUUCCUUGAACUUCUUGUCAAAGUUGUGCUGCAAAACAGAGAUAGAGUUACACCAGUUUGGCAGGCAGUUCGAGACCAUAUCUACAACCUUACUGUGAAUGCAGGUGAUCACACGUUCCUAGUGGAGCGAGCGGUCGUGGGACUUCUCCGAUUAUCGAUCAGACUUUUACGCCGCGAGGAUAUCGCAUCACAAGUUUUAACUUCCCUACGUAUACUCUUAAUGAUGAAACCUAGCGUUAUUCACAAUGUGGCACGGCAAGUUUCGUUUGCCCUGCACGAGUUGUUACGGACUAACGCUGCCAAUAUACGCACGGCCCAGGAUUGGUUCACACUCUUUAUGCUUCUAGAGGUGGUAGGGGCUGGGGCCAACCCUCCGCCCAUACUACAGACACACACAGAACAGGAACUCCCAGAUGCUCUCUCAGAUGCUGGUGCCCAGAGUGAUAGUGAGGUGCCCAGCGGGUCUAGUCUGAAUGACGGCUACCAGGAGAGAGGCUACACCUCAGACAGUGAACUGUACGAAUCUCAGACCAAGACCCAUCGAAGUCCGUCCCCACUCGAGGUCAGGCCAGUCCCUGAGAAUGGAAGCUGGCUCCUGGUGAACAAGGAGAGCCAUAAUCUAGGGAAGGACGAGGAAGCUAUCCCUAGGGUACAGCCCAUUCCUAACCAGUUUAGCAUAGAGCUUCCUGAUGACUUGUGUUACUGUGACAGCAAGUCUCUCAUCAAGUCCUCGGAAACCCUCUCCUUCCUGGUACGCGAUGCGGCCCACGUUACACCUCUCAACUUUGAGAGCUGCGUCCAUGCCAUUCGAUCAUUUGUAGAGGCCAGUCUCAAUGGAGGACGUCAGCGACCGGCAGCACCUGUCAAACACGUUAAACACAAGGUGUCUCAUAAAAUGUCCAAAUCUAAAAAGGAACAGGAAAAGAUGAAACGCUCUCACUCAUCGCCAACACAUCUACACAACAUGGUCUCGUCCGAUGACGAGGGGGAGGGAGACUCAACAGCCGCUGGCCUUCACUCACUGUCAAUUCAGCUGUUGGAUUUAAUGCACACCCUCCACACUAGAGCCGCCUCCAUUUACACCUCCUGGGCCAAAGAAGAUCACACAGCAGAGGAGUGUGAGGCGUUUGAUGCUGGACACAGUUCUCUCUGGAUCAAGUGCUGGUGUCCUCUACUCCAAGGAAUUGCCCGUUUGUGUUGUGAUACGCGGCGCCAGGUCCGCAGUCAAGCUUUAACCUACCUACAGAGGGCGCUACUGGUCCACGAUCUUCAAACGCUAUCAGCAGCUGAAUGGGAGGCAUGUUUUAACAAGGUGCUGUUUCCACUACUAACAAAGUUACUGGAGAACAUUAACCAACAGGACCCGACCGGAAUGGAGGAAACGCGCAUGCGGGCCUCCACACUUCUGUGUAAGGUGUUUCUACAGCACCUGAGUCCACUGUUGUCCCUAAGUACCUUCACGGCACUGUGGCUGACCAUACUGGACUUCAUGGACAAGUAUAUGCAUGCCGACAAAAGUGACCUACUGCUGGAAGCGAUACCGGAAUCGCUGAAGAACAUGUUGCUUGUGAUGGACACGGCAGGGAUCUUCCAGACGUUGGACGGGACUGAGUCUCAACUAUGGAAGCUCACCUGGGAUAGAAUCGACACCUUCCUACCUCAUCUACGUCAGGAAUUGUUCAAGUCUCACCCAUCUGAAAUUAAAAAGGUGAUUAAGACCCAGCCAGUGAGUGAUGUGUCGGCCCCCACUUCUACAGACGCCCCCUCUCCACCUCCAGGGACGACACACGAACCCCCAAGGCAGGAGGAAGUUCCCCUUGAGGGUAUUACGGUUGUGAAUAAUGACGCAGGAGUUCCUUCCACGUGUAUGGAGCGUCACCCCCCAGGCACUCUCACCUACCCUUACUACCAGCAAACACAACAACCCACCCCUCCCUAUCUGCUCCACACACCCUCCCCCCUCAAAAACACGCCCCUCCUCCUCACCGAGACAGACGGGGGAAGUGCUGCCUUCUCAGGAGUACCGCUGUUACUAAACCCAGACAUAAUGCAGGGUACCUCAAUACCUUAUAUUUCUCCACAAAAAACAACAGGAUUGAUGACAGAAAACCCGUGAUAAAUUCUCCGUCUCAUGCUAAAUCUACUGGAAUCUAUCCUGUCCACGACGUGUGAUAUGUCCAAUGUGAUACGGAAUUCCAUUGGAUAGACCAGAUGUAAUAAGGCAUGUCAUUGGUCCACACCUAGAAGCAACAUGCCAAUGAGCAAAUGCAACACAAAACACCAUUGGACCAGAAAGAUGUUACGCUGCUUUUCAUUGGACCACAGAAAUCUUCUGUCAGUGUUGAUAUGCAAAACACAACACCAUUGGCUAAGCUAAAUGUAGCACUUCCACAUCGAUUUCCAUCAACCUGCAGAAAUCUUUUCCCAGUAAUUAUGUCACUUAGGACACCAUUGGCUCAUCUGGAUGUUACACUGCUUUCCAUUGGUCAACAGAAACCUUUGCCAGUGACCAUACUGAUGGAACAAUUAAAUGGAUAGUAGUUGGUGUAAGAUUAGUCUAUUCAGUAUACAAUUGUAGACUCCAGUAUCAUUUUAAUUCAGCUUGCCACUGGUUAACAGAUAUUUUAAUCUCAUUCAAGUCAGAUUUCCUAUAUGUAACAGAGUAUGCCAUUUGACAAUUUACAAGACAUUCCUCCAGUCAGAUUGAAUACAACACUCCAUACAUAAUGUGAUAUGUAACACAGUCAGUGAUUGGAUAUUAUGGACCUUAUGCGAGAUGAAACAAAACUUUCUAUUGGUUAACAAUAGUACACCUUGGUAGUGAUGCUUUUUGUGUAAGACAGGCUCAAAGAUGAACACCUGUGUCAUUCAAUAUGUAAUGCAAGAUAUGAUUGGAGUUGUGUGUCUGUUACAAGUGUUCUUAUUGGUUUAACUGAGACAUUUUAUUUCUGUACUUUUUAAAAUGUACUGCAUUUUAUUCCGAAUAACAAUUGUACUCGUGUAUGGAAUGCAUGACAGUCUUUGAUUGGUGAAAUCAGAUUGAAAGACAGGAUUUAUUUGGUCACUAGUGCAGUGUUGACAGAAUGUAAAACAGUAUUUGAUUGGUUGCUUUUCAGAAUGGAAAACAGUAUUUGAUUGGUUACUACUACACAGUAUGUAAAUCUGUUUUAUUGGUUACUAAAUAGCGAGAUUCAUCACUACAUACAGAAAGUUGAACAGUAUAUUGACAAUUGGUAAUUGACACUAUACAAUAUGUAAUACGUUGUCUGGUUGGUCAUCAAAUACAGGAUGUGACACAUCAUUUGAUUGGUUAAGGCAGACUGAAUAAAAUGUAAGACUGUUUGAUUGGUCAUGGAAUGGAAUGCAAGGCUGCAUUUGAUUGGUAGACAAAUUCAAAGUCAUUUUGACGAGAAUCUGAUGAUAAAGAUGUAUUAAAGUUUAAAGGAGUGAAUUAAAUUUUGUGAUAUUUUUUUUUUGUCUAACAUAAACUUUGUCCAGAAAUUAUAUUGCAUUUUUCUCGGCAACGAAUCUGCUGUUGACAAAUAUUUGUCAUGUUUUUAAUAGAUCGCACAUUAGCAUGCUUUGUGAUGUCGCAUAAUUUUGCGGUAAAUAUAAAUGUGAAAGUACUUUUUUUCCUUUUACAAAGGAAGCUACUUCGUGAAAUUUGUUAAAAAAAAUAUCUAAUGUUUCAUAUAAAUUGUCUUGUUCUUUUAGGUAAGGUCAUCCUUUGAAUUGUUUUUAGGGAAAACAGCUUUGAUUUCAAGGUAAACCACCAACGUUAAUAUUAUAUCCUAGUGGUAUGCUGUUUCCUGUUAUAAGAACUCCUUGGGGAAAGACAAGCCAGUUUUGUGUUUUCGUAACCACAUGAUUUUUCAUGCGGUUGCUGAUGAAACAUUACUAGCAAUAAUGGAACAUAAUUAUUGAAAUAUUUCAGACAUUGUCACAAUAUACACAGAUUCCCUUUUCACCCUUACACUACAAGCUAAUGUCAAACAAGGUUUAAUGAUGACAAAUUAAUACAUUAGGUUGUUCAUUUGAUGAAAAAAUGAAUAGAAACCAGCAAAUUUAUAUGAUUGCAAGGUUUCUUGUUUGAGAGCUCGGCCACAUUGCGACUGCCUAGUCAUGAUCAAUUAUUGUACAUAUGUUUCCCAAAUGUAUACUUUUAUCAGCACUGCAACAAUAGUGAUGGUGCAGGCAAAGUGAUCGUUUACAUUAAAUCCAAUGCUUGGACUUUCAAGUGCCAAUUUUCCCCUACUUUCUAUUAUCUAUAAAUAUUGGUAUAAUUAUACAUAGGAUAAUGUAGCUGUAUGUUCCAAGUUAAAUUAUAGAUAUUUUGGUUCAUAUUUCAACUUUAUUCGGCUUAGCAGAAUUUGAGGUUGUGAAUGAUAUGUUUUACUGACUUUCCAAAUUCUUACCUUAUUUUAUUGAGCUUCCUGAGAUGUCAUCCCAGAGAACUGCUGUAAAUGUACAGCCCCUUUCCCAUAUCUGGUUCAACCAGUUUGUCUGUUUUUAAAUGUAACAUUUUUGGGUAUAAAUCCUGUUGGACCUGCAAAUGGUUAUGCAGGCCUUUGCAAGAUUUUGUCAAGGAUCACAUGAAAGCAGUAUCAGAUUACUAGGUCUAGGUCCGACCUUAUUUAAUAAACAAACGAUGCUGGUCCAACCAAUUCAACCAUUUGGUUUCGCGAUAAACGAAUGUGGCCUAGGUUUAUACUGCAAAUCAACAUUUGAAAAGAAAAAAAACUUUCUUCUGACAUUUGGAAUAGAUAUUUAAUAAAGGAAAGCCUAUUUGGUAACCAAAUUAAAUUUGAUGAGACUGUUACAUUUAUACUAGUCUAUUCCUACAGUUUAAUCAUUCAGCAGAACCUCAUUAGUUUGGACGCAGUGUUUUACAAAAAUAAAUCAAGUAUUGGCUUUGGAUUGAUGAAACAGGAAAUGUCGUAGAAUUACAGCCAAGGAGGGGUUAUGUCCCCUGGGAAUUUUUUUCUUAUGAAUAUGAAAUUAUUUUUUGACUAAAACUAAUUAUUAUAUAAUCUUGUGUCUACAGGGGUUUGUAGUUAACCAUGUUUUCUAUUAUACUCCAGAUGACAGAGGCUACAUUUUUGUAGGUACAUGUUAUCUUAGAAUUAUUAAUUUAAUUAUAACGAUGUCUAAAUGUUUUGAAGAUAUCAAGCAGAUUUAUGUUGUCAUAUUCAGAUUAGGGUCUGUCUGGCUUAGGAAGUUUCUUAAGUACUAGUGUUGCUUAUACUAAACAGUAUGGAAAUGGAAACGUGUGGGAAAAAUUAUAUGUUUUUAAACAAAAUUCACCACUAGGAAGGGAUGGUGUGUUAUGUGUUUGUAAUAGAAGGGGUUUAAUGAAAAACACUAUUAGACACGUCUGCUGUAUAAAAUAGAAGAAAUAAUUUGUAAAUUAUCUCAAAGAAGAGAAGUUGUACAUUUGUACAUUGUUAACAUAUAUAAACACAUGUGUAUCGUAAACAGAGAGAACAGGUUUGUGUGACUAACAGAAUUUGUGUGUCCGGUGUCGACUAAAGGGGAACUUUGAUUUUGUAUUUACAUAAUUGUUAGUUGUUGAUGCUAUACAGAAGUAUUUUAAAUAACUAUCUUAAUUAAUAAAAGAACUGCUUGUAUAUAGGAAAUAAAGUAAAUUAUUGUUGUUAACGAAAACAUCUUAAUUAAUAUCAGUUAUCUCCCUUGUUGUGUCGUGCAAUAUUUGAUUUUACCUAAUCGUUUGGUAUUGCAGAAUUGUUAUUUUUCCUUUAAAAAUUUUGGAAUAUGAUGUUCUGUCAAAACUUUCAUAUCUUGUUUAAUCAAUAAUAUUACAUGUAUCGCUCAGUUAGAAACCAUUGUAUGUAGUAUAAAAGUAGUAACUUCCUGUGUGUAAAAAAGAAUAUCCACUUUGAAAACUAGAAAUAGGUUAAGAACGCCUUCUUUUGCCCCAUUGCCCAACAUAAAUAACAGUGCCAUUAAUGUUUAUAAGUGGAAACAAACCGUUUAAAUACAAUUUCAUAAUACUCAGUUUAAAUAGAAAAACAGCAUGCAUCAGAAAAAAACACAUCCAGAUGAAGGAAUAUAUCUGACAUGUUUGUGUUGUGUCACUUAAUGAAAUUUACCUGAUUUUGUCAAUUACAAAUUUUAUUCUAUAAAUAAAGUGUUUGCAGGACGGUGAUUUCACAGUCAGGAGACAUGAAAGAAUCUAUGCUAAGAUUUUCAUGUAAUUUUACCUGGAAAUCUGAUGGAUUUACGUUCAAUAUUUUUUAAUUGAAAUAAUUAUAAUCACACUCUAGGCCUACUUAUUUAAGAUUUUUUUCUUUCCAGUGGUUCAAUGUUUAUUCAGUCUUUGUUUUGGACUAGAAAAAGACUUUAUACCUCUCAACCGUUUUUCACAGGUUCUACUUUUGUGGAAAAUAGUUGAUGUAGACGAUGAAAACGGUAAAAAAAUAGAUCCAUACAUAGACUUACCGGUAUACAUAUGACCAUUACAGCUUACAUUCCAGUUUGAAAGUAAUACAGCUUUUUUGGGUGUAUUAAUUCUUUUAAUAUUGGAUUUAAAGUGUUAACCUUAAAAAAAUGUCUCGGUUGUUGAUAUAUCUCAGAUGAUGAGUUAGUAGCAUUUAUAUGCUGAAUCCUCGACUCUCUGACUGUUUAGCAUCACUGGCGAUCUAUCAUGCAAUCCUGCAGCCACUGGUGAUCUAUCUACCCAGUCUAGACAGAAAUUUUAACAAGUCAAUGGCUGUCCAUAUAGUCUAGUGUGAAAAACAAUUCACAGGCUAUCCACCGGGUCCAGAUCAGCCUAUUAAAAAAGACAAUUUUCCAAAGUUUCUGUCUUCAGCAAAAUUUAAGAGUUUUUGAAAUAAUGUAAUUGAAAUUUAAGUUAUUUUUUUAUGGUGCAGGAACACUUUAUACGAACACAUGAUACUGUAGCUAUGGUAACGUUAUGGUUCAUUAGAUAUUGAAAAAAAACCAGCUCAUACAUCAGUAUUGUUUUAUCAAUGUUAAUUUCAGUUACUUUACACUGAAGUGAUAGGUAUAAAAUUUGAGGUACUAAUACUGUAAUAUAUUCAAUCUAUUAUAGGUAAGAAAGAUAAAUUAACAUUAUGUAGUUAGAACUUUGUUUUGCUCAAGGGUGUUCAUUCUGAUUAAAGUAACUUGUUGUAAUAUCUUACGAGGUGAACAAGGGGAGAGUAUUAACCCUGUUUAUCACAACCAGAUUAUCAGGAAGUGACACCAUUGUUCACAAAAAAUGGUGUGAAGAGCAUUAAUUACAUGGCAAAAGUUACAAUGUCACCUGUUUAAACCGAAACCUGUAUCAUUUGGAAACCUGUUUAACCAGACUUGGUGACACAAUAACUUUUCUUUGUAAAAAGAGGUAUGACAACCUUUCUAUUCUGAUUUUUUUUUUAUUACUGUUCAGGCAAGACAGGUUUAUCUCUUCAUUUUAGACAGGUUUUGUUGUUCAGUGUGGACAGGUUCAGUGUUCUGUUUAUGCAGGUUUCACUGUUCUGUUUAGGAAGGUUUUACUUAGGGUGGUAUGACCCAUUUCUAUAUUUGUGAAAAUUUUACUUUCAAUUGUUUUUGACUUGUUUAACCUUUGACCUCCAAGUUCACCUUUGACCUUUGUUGGGUGAAACUGGCCAUCCAUGGUUCAGAGGUCAAGCUGAUCUGACCUAAAUAGUGUCGUGUUUUUUUUCUAUUUAUUAUUGUUAAUGUUUUGUGUGUACCUGUGAUUAUGGCUAUGUGAUAUAUAUGUAUAUCAA